GUACAAGAAUAAUGUUAUGUAGUAUUUUUAUGAGAGUAGAUGAUAAUUUUUCCAAUUCCACAGGCUUGGGAGAUUAGGAAGAGGGAGAAGCAAACAAAGAUGGAGUCAUUGACCAAAGAUUUCCUUCCAAGACUUUGAAAAUUCCGAAGCAGCCUUGUUCCUUGCUACCCCUCUUCAUCCUUUUCUACCAUUUCAAUAUUAAUUAUUGCAAAACACUAACCAACCAAAAGAAAAAGAAACCGAAGUAUCCACUUUCCCUUUUCUUCUUCUUCUUCUUCUUCCAUCUGAGUUUCUAAAAAAUUAAAACAAAUUUUGUGACUGCCACAAUUACCACUCAGAUCAGUGACAUACAUACCCAUAUCAGACACCCCAAAAAGGAAAAGAAAAACUUUCAGAACUCUUGAGUCAUAGACUUUGAAUGAAAUUCUGUUUUUCAUUGAUGAGACUCAAUUGAAGUGAAUCACUGAAAAACAUCUCUUUCAUAGUCUUUGAGGUACAACUGAAGCUGUUAGAUUUGUUUUGAUUAUAAGAGUUUCUUGGAUCUCGGAGUAUGGCUGGGAAUCAAGAUCAGUUCGAGAUCAAGUUUCUGUUGAUUGAUGGUUCUGAUAUUGGCCCCAGAAGUUUUCCUGCUGCUACUAGUAUUGCAACAUUGAAAGAAAGUAUUCUUGCUCAGUGGCCAAAAGAUAAGGAGAAUGGCCCAAGGACUGUAAAAGAUGUGAAGUUAAUUAAUGCAGGAAAAAUAUUGGAUAACAACAGAACAGUUGGGGAGGAGUGCCACAGCCCAUUAUCUGAUGCCCCCGGUACAGUUACAACAAUGCAUCUAGUUGUUCAACAUCCUACAAUGGACAAAGAUAAGAAAGCUGCUAGCAAAGCAACGCAGAACAAAUGUGUUUGUGUGAUUUUAUAGCAUCCAGAUUGAAUAGCAGAUGUCAUCUGUCUUAGGUGGUUAGAGACACUUCAUUUUUACAUAAUCUAUGGCUUCCAAAGAUUUCCUCAUACACAAAUUAUUUGGUUGCAUGUACUACAAGCAAAAAGUACUGAGCUACGUACCCGAAAGAGAAACAAAAGCACUUGACUUGGUGAAGAUUGUGAAGCUGGUAUAGCUCACGAUUCCUCUGCAGUAGUAAAUGUCUUGUACAAUUUUCAUAGGAUAUAUUCUUAUGCUGGUCUCAACAUCUAGGUGUUGCCUAAUCCGCCACUUGGCAUAAUUGUUGAUUGAAAUGAAGUCUACUAGUUUGCCAUCUUUCCCCUGACAUAUAUUUUUCAAAUUUUCUCUUGCCUGUGUCUGAUACCACAUGCUUCCAAACAUAUAUGUGUUGAAUAUUUUAAUGUGUUUUAAUUUGCUUAUUAUAUAUAUGAUACCAUUGCAAGUCCUGUAUAGCUUGUGGCAAUAGUGGUUUUACCACAUCUCUCUUGCAAAUUGGAGAUUAUGCUUGAAUCUCCUUUGCCUUCCUUCAUAUUUUAAAAUAAAUUAAAAAGACCAAAGUGUCGUACAAGUUUCAUGCCAGAAGGCGCAUUCAUUUUUCUUUUGGAAAACUUGAAGGUUUAAUUUUACAGCAUAACUAUGUGCAUCUAUUCUUGGAGUAAUAACUAAUUCAUGUUAUAAUCAGCAAAGUAUUUCCACUCAAAAGGAGGGUUGGAUAGUUACUGAUCACAGCCUUGCUUUGCUUUUUGCAAAGAUGGGAUACAUAAGGAAGAACACCUUCCCCCUCCCAAAUCCCUACAUUGCUAACUGGAUCUUAAAAAUAAUUCCUG